GGAAAUGAACUCUUGUCUUCCUCACGGCUCAUCGAUCGUACAGUGUAUGUAAAUGUAUAUAUUUCUCUCUCUAGCGAGAGAGAGAGAGAGUCGGGGGGAUUAUUAUGGCCCGAACUCCGGCGGUGGUGGUGCGGUGGUUGGUGGUGGUGGUGAUUUGCUGUUGUACGACGACUCAUCUUCUUCUUCUUCUUCCUACUGCUGAAGCUAUAUGGUUGAACCUUCCGAGUUCAGGAACAAAGUGCGUGUCGGAGGAAAUCCAGAACAACGUCGUCGUUCUGGCCGACUACGGCGUCGUCGGAGAUGAAACCCACAGUGGUGCUCUUCCCACCAUCUCUGCCUCCGUAACAUCGCCUUUUGGGAACAACCUCCACCGCCAAGAGAAUGUGACCCAUGGCCAAUUUGCAUUUACUGCUAAGGAGGCAGGCAACUAUGGGGCAUGUUUCUGGGUUGAUGGUAAUCACCAAGGAGGCCAAGAUGUACCGGUAAGUCUUGAGUGGAGAAUUGGAGUUGACGCAAAGGAUUGGGAAACAGUUGCUAGGAAAGAAAAGAUUGAGGGUGUUGAACUUGAGUUGAUGAAACUUGAAGGAGCAGUCCAAGCCAUCCAUCAGAAUUUAAUUUAUUUAAAGGACAGGGAAGCAGAGAUGAGGGAAGUCAGCGAAAGAACCAAUUCCAGAGUGGCGUGGUUCAGUAUAAUGUCCCUUGGUGUCUGCAUUGUUGUUUCGGGUCUGCAGUUGUGGCACUUGAAGAGCUUCUUUCGAAAGAAAAAACUGAUCUAGGUUUUCACUUUAUAAUCAUGUUUUUGAUAUAGUUCACCAAGAUCAUAAGGCACAAGAAAAUUGCAUUUUGAUUUUUGCUGUACCAUAUUUUUACCUUUUCUUCUCCAUUUCCCCCAUCAUCCCUGCCCUGCAUUGGGAGAGAGAGUGAUGGGAAUCGAGAGGUAAAUGGAUGAAAAAACUAUGAAAGGUUAGGACUUCAAUAUAUUUAGGAACUAGCAGUAACCCAUGAUAUACAUGGGACGACAUGAUUUAGAUUUCAUUAGGAUUUUGGUUCGGUUUUUAAGGUUGUUUAUGUAUUUAUUUAUUUUUUAAUUUCCUUAAUGGAUAAUGCUUUUAAGCCUAUACAUAGGAGCUUGUGUAUUGAAGAUUGAAUAUUGAUUGA